CUACAGCAUUAAUUUACAGGGCAUAAAUGAUCGAAUUUCACCGAUUUGCAAUAUAAAAGGCCAGCCAUAAAAAUAUAGAAAUGAGUUCUGCCAGAAUGUCUGCGAAAUACGUUUCUGUGCUUCUGUUUUUUGGAUUCUUUGCUCUGUGUGUGUCAUAUAAAUUAUAUCCAGUUAUAACACCUGAUAUUCCAGCCAACACGAACCUUACAACGGGCCCAUUUGUUAGGAUCGGAACUGGAUAUUACUUUUUCGAGUUAAACAACAAGAAAAACUGGUACGAAGCCUAUGAAACAUGUCGAACGAUGAAUGCUGAAUUAAUCACGAUAGAAACUAUCGAAGAAUGGAACAUUAUCAAUCGAUAUAUUCGUGACACGAAUAUUGAUUACUCCUACUGGACAUCAGGCACAGAUCUUGGUAAAGAGGGAUACCACACAUGGUUUUCGAGCGGAAAACCAAUUAAUAUUAACAUCUGGGAUCCAGGAAUGCCCAAUAAUGUCGACAACUUACAGCACUGUGAUGAAAUGGGCUGGAGGGAUGGUGUUCGAAGUGGACUCAAUGAUCGUCAGUGUGAAUUUUUGAAUCGUUAUAUCUGCGAAGCUAAACAGCCUGUAACUGCCUCGUUUGUUCUCUGGUAAUAUUAAUU